CUCUGUCGCUCCGAUCAGAGGAUGCUGCAGAUGCACUGCGGUAAAGAAAAAACGUCCCUGCGCGUCUGCACGAGCAGAUCCAGUAAGUGACGACUGAUUGAGCUCCCGCCCCGCUGUUUCUAAACUGAUACUGGUUAUGCUCUGUCCGAGGGGCCACUGCAGGGGCAAAUAUUGAACACUUGGCGUUUACAGCGCGUUUAGCGAGCAACAAAGGGCUUUAACAGUUGUCUUGGCUGACGUUAGGGUGAACUGGCCCUUUAACUGGGCUCCGGGGGGGCGGGGCCAGCCCUGCCUUCAGUGAUGGCCCCUCUCUGUCAGCAGCGCAUGGCCACAUAUGUCUCUCCGGAUCUGUCAAUAACCUCCGAUAACUGCCCAUACAGUUGUUGGUUCAGCUUUAAUAAUAAUAAUAAUAAUUGGACGACAUUGCAGCUGAAGCGUGGAAUUGAGCUGCUGGCCAGUGUGAUGGCAUUUCAUAACCAUUCAGCUUUAGCCCCACACACCCACUCACGCUGUCUGUGAGGGACUGCCGAUGCUGUUUCGUCAACCAGCUAGCAUCAGCUACGCCUCCGGGCAAGCUGCUGUUAGCAUUUACGAGCUGGCUUUUGUUUUUUACACGUAACGUAACGUUACUUUGUAUCUGGAAUAUACGAAUAUCAAUGUAAUGCUGCAAACAGAUCAGCGACACUCUGUAAACGUAAAAUAGCUCGACAUACCGACAUAUCCCAGGUAAAGUAACUAGGCUAAAAACAACUGCUAGCUAGCUAACCUGUCAGCUAACGAGUGACCGCUGGUCAGCUAACUCCCCACGCCAGCGCAGGGAUGAGCUUAUGCACACCUUGACCAGGCUUCAUGUUAACAAUGGUGCUUAAAUGACCACGUUUACGUGACGGGCCAUGUUAGGGCGUACAGGAGCUAACGUUAGCAAGCUAACGUUAACCGGCAGUGAGCAUCAGUUCUGUGAGACCAUGGAUACGGCGUGCAGUGCUUCUGCCGCUCCAGCUGGUUUGACUGUCCAGGUGUGCUUCCCCGGUGCCCGUGCUGCUGUCUUGGACAAUCUGAACCGCCAGCGGGAGGAGGGCAGGCUGUGUGACCUCUCCAUCCAGGUGCAAGGGCAAGUGUUCAGGGCCCACCGCUGUGUGCUCGCUGCAUCCUCGCCUUACUUUCACGACCAGGUGUUGUUGAAGAAUGUUACGACUGUUUCCCUCCCCUCGGUUAUGGACCCGGUGGCCUUCGAGAGUGUCCUGAGCUCGGCCUACACGGGCCAGCUGAGCAUCGUGCAUGAUGACAUCGUGAACUACGUCACGGUGGCCAGUUUCCUCCAGAUGUGGCACAUUGUUGACAAAUGCACGGAGAUCCUGAAGAGGCCCCGGCCCCCGGCAGAAGUCAGCCCUGGGGAGGCCGCCGCGGCUCACCCUGGCACCGUGUCCCGUCAGCAGUCCCCGAGCAGCACCGACUGCUUGUACCUGGAAAGGGAGGGAAGAAGGAAGGAGAGAAAGCCGGAUGCCCUGCCCCCCUUAGCCACCUGGAGACGUCCCCAGCAGUUCCCCAGAUGGGGGAGACCACGACCCUCAUCGGCCCAGCAUUUAGCCGACUCCCAACUGGACACCCUCGCCGGCUAUGCGGAGAGUGAUUACGCCAACUGCGAGGAGGCGUGGGUAUCAAGCCACACCAAAAUGAGCAACUUUGCUCAUGAUGGACCGGGCCACAAUAGCCGGUACCACGGGGGGUUCCCCAGUGGCGAGGCAUUAAAGCAGAAAGUCAGGUUUCAACAGCGGGGAGCGCUGCCGAGCAGUGACAGAUUGCUUGAUAGGAAUAGAGAGAGUGGGGACAGUGAUGAGACGCAGGAGAAGAGGAGGAAGGAGAAAAGAGAGAUUGAAGCAGACGAGGGAAUCGGAGAAGCAGCAGCGGUGGAGAAAAGGGGAGGCUUUGCACAAAUGGGGCACUGCGACUUCCAUCCAAUUUCAGACGAGAGUGAACGACAAGCCAUAGGGAAGGCGAGCACGGAGGAGAUCAAGGAAAAAGUGCAGAGAAGUUCAGCAGGAAGAGACCCCUCCUCGGACCUGGCCAGCGUUCAUGCUUGCCAAACAGGUGAAGGAGUUCCGGGCCCCCCCUGUCCAGUCUCCGCCCGGCUGCAGUGGCAGACGGGUCCCUGGUCUCAACAAGAGCAGAGGCCUCAGGACGGAGAGGGUGGCAGCUGCAGUAAAGACGAGGAUGACGACGACGAGGAGGAGGGCGGGGACUUUGAAGGUUUCACCGAAGGGACGUUUAGCCGAGGCACGUAUGAUGAGAUUGAAGAUGGCACGGGACAGGUUUCCCAGAGGCCUUUAGUGCCCGUGUCCCCUGACUUUACCAUGGCAGGGUCCGAGGUGAGCUGGCCCUCCACCAGCGUAGGACAGGGUAGCUCUUCGACCCCCACCUCAAGUCGCCACCUGUCUCCAUCGUCUGCCGCAUUUCCCCCGCCCUCCUCACCCCCGACUCCAUCUUCGUCAUCCUCGGUGUCCCUCGCCGGCGCCCCCUACACGGGCAAAGUCCACUUCUGCCACUGCGGCAAAGCCUACACCCUGAAGAGCAUGCGUGACCGACACGUGAAGAUGCAGCACCUCAACCUUCGGCCCUUCGGCUGUCCUGUGUGCACAAAGUCCUUCAAGAUGAAGCACCAUCUCACCAAGCACCUUAAGACUCACGGAGGGCUGCGGCCCUACGAGUGUGGCCUGUGUGGGAAGAAGGUAAUUUGGAGAGACAGCUUCCUCAGGCAUCAGGCCCGAUGCGAGAGACUCGCCUCCAGCUCCUCAGCUAACGGCAACAACGCAAGCGCACCCACAGCAGAUAUUGACAACAGCUUCAGUUAUGGAUUUGAAGACGGAGAAGCCUUUCUCGCGACAGGAGGACAAGUGAAAGUGGAGGAGGUGGAUUUUCACGGGGAGAUGGAGGACGGGAUGCGGGGCCUCUUGGGCAGCGUGUCCGGGAUAGUGGACGAGCUAAGAACUCAGUCACAAAACUUGGACCCCAGUAGUCAUGUUUUUAAAGAGGAGGCGAGUGAGAGCUUUAGCGGAAAUUAAAUGUUAAUGUGAAACUGUGUGUACAUAAAUACAUACACGCGAUGACUUCAAAAGUCUACGACACAAAAUCAUUGACAGCUUCUUUGAGCAGCCGCUUUGUUUCAUCCUUUGUUUACUUGUAUUCUUUUCUUGCCAUGGGUAUUUUGACAAAAAAAAAAGGAACAAUCUUAUGCUUCUAUCAAGUGGCUCUUUUUAAUAUGUGCAGUAUCGCAUAGCCUAAGUUCUUGUUAAGUGAUGCUGUAAACUGUACAUCGGUGUUGUGAAUGUUCUUCUUGAGCCCAGUUAAAGUUAAUUUGCAUUUUGCAUAUAAAUUAUUUGGCAUUGAUCUGCAUUGGAAAAGAAAUAUAAGGUCAGAAAAAUGUUUUCUGUGGCACAUUGAUGUCUCUUCACACUAUGUAAAGGAAGGACAUCUUGGUAUUUAUGGUAAU